CCUGGCGCUCGGGGAGGGGAUGAGCUCGCCCAGGCGGCCGCGGGAGCGCUCCAGCCGGAGCGCCGGGAAGGAGCAGUAGGGCGCGUCUCCCCGCCCUACCCGGGGAGCGCAAAGCCAGACCGCGGCGCUGCGAGCUCGCCCCAGCCCCGGGGCCGCUCGGAUCCGGGGCGCGUCUGUCCCGCUGCUGCCCAGGGGCCACUGCCAGGGGCAGGGCUACGGCGAGCUGCCCCUUCCAGCCGGGGCUCCGUGACCCCCAGCCCGGCUCUUCGGCGGAGACUCCCGGAGCGUCUCAAGGCGGAGACCGAGCCAGGAACUACCCACACGCGGGGCGCACCUGCUCCUGGGGGCCGGUCCCCAGGGCCAGCGCGAGCGGGGAUCCUGGCAGGGCAGCCGGGCACCGCGGCCUGCUGCACCUGAGGGCCAUGAGCUGUCCUCGACAUCUGGAGAGCCAAAGGAGCAGCCCCUUGUCCUCGGGACCUCAGCACUUAUAGAGGACCCUGCUGUGCCAAGAAGAGCCUUGCUGAAAGGAGCCAACCACCAGGAAAAGGCCAAAGGCUGCAGCCUCCUGUAGCCCCACCCAGGGUCUCUUGGGGCUCUCCCAAGGUCUUUAGUUGCAGCAGAAGGUCCUGGCAGGAUUUCUUCACUGGGGACCAUGUCCAGAACUGGAUGAGUCGCCGCAGACACUGCAGCACCGUGAAUAGGAUUUCAUGACACCCUAGCUCGGCCGGGGCAGUCCCAUCAUUCCAGCCGGAAACUUCUGGGCCAGAGCCAUCAUCUUCUUCCUCCGCCUGGGAGAUUGCCUGAGGUUGUCUAGCAAAGCCGUGAAGGUCAGUCAAGACGUGCAUGACUGGAAAGCAAAGGAGAGGACGACGCCCAUUGAGCUUCUGGAGCCAAUUGGCCUGCAUCCUGACACCAUCUGACUUGGGUGAGAGAUAGGAUGAUAGCUGGGGAGGUGAGCAUGCAUAGCCCAAUUCUGGCCUGCUGGCAGCCUAUCCUCCUUCUGAUGCUGGGAUCCGUCCUCUCUGGCUCUGCCACGGGCUGCCCGCCCCGCUGCGAGUGCUCUGCCCAGGAGCGCUCGGUGCUGUGCCAUCGAAAGCGAUUCUUCGCCGUCCCCGAGGGGAUCCCGACUGAGACCCGGCUCCUGGACUUGGGUAAGAACCGAAUCAAGACUCUCAACCAGGAUGAAUUUGCCAACUACCCUCACGUGGAGGAGCUGGAGUUAAACGAGAACAUUAUCAGUGCCAUUGAGCCUGGGGCUUUCAACAACCUCUUCAACCUCAGGACUCUGGGUCUCAGGAGUAACCGACUCAAGCUCAUCCCCUUGGGGGUGUUUACUGGACUGAGCAAUCUUACCAAGCUAGACAUUAGUGAGAACAAAAUUGUGAUCCUCCUAGACUACAUGUUCCAGGAUUUGUACAACCUGAAGUCUUUGGAGGUUGGGGACAAUGACCUGGUCUAUAUCUCCCACCGGGCCUUUAGCGGCCUCAACAGCUUGGAGCAGCUGACGCUGGAGAAAUGCAACUUGACCUCCAUCCCCACGGAGGCGCUGUCUCACUUGCACGGCUUGAUUGUGCUGAGGCUGCGCCACCUGAACAUCAACGCCAUCAGGGAUUACUCAUUUAGGAGGCUCUACAGGCUUAAGGUCCUUGAGAUCUCCCACUGGCCCUAUCUGGAUACCAUGACGUCCAACUGCCUCUAUGGACUGAACCUGACGUCCUUGUCCAUCACCCACUGCAAUCUGACUUCCAUCCCUUACGUCUCUGUCAGACACUUAGUUUAUCUCAGGUUCCUGAACCUGUCCUACAACCCCAUCCUCACCAUUGAGGGCUCCAUGCUGCAUGACCUGCUCCGGCUGCAGGAGAUCCAGCUGGUGGGUGGGCAGCUCAGCACCGUGGAGCCCUACGCCUUCAGAGGCCUCAACUACUUGCGCAUCUUGAACGUCUCCGGAAACCUGCUGACCACACUGGAGGAGUCAGCCUUCCACUCGGUGGGGAACCUGGAGACGCUCAUUUUGGAUAAUAACCCUUUGGCCUGCGACUGCCGGCUGCUUUGGGUUUUCCGACGCCGCUGGAGGUUGAACUUCAACAAGCAGCAGCCCACCUGCUCCACCCCCGAGUUCGUCCAGGGGAAGGAGUUCAAGGACUUCCCCGACGUGCUCCUGCCCAACUAUUUCACCUGCCGCCGGGCGCGCAUACGGGACCGCAAGCCGCAGCAGAUCUUUGUGGAUGAGGGCCAUACGGUACAUUUUGUCUGCCGGGCAGAUGGGGAUCCGCCCCCCACGAUCAUGUGGCUCUCUCCCAGAAAGCACCUCAUCUCUACCAAAACCAACGGGCGGCUCACUGUCUUUCCCGACGGCACUCUGGAGGUGCGCUACGCCCAGAUCCAGGACAAUGGCACCUACCUAUGCAUCGCCAGCAAUGCGGGUGGCAAUGACACCAUGCUGGCGCACCUUCACGUGCGGAGCUACUCCCCAGAUUGGCCCCACCAGCCCAACAAGACCUUUGCUUUCAUCUCCAACCAACCCAACGAGAGCGACGCCAACAGCACGCGUGCCACCGUGCCUUUCCCCUUCGACAUCAAGACUCUGAUCAUCGCCACCACCAUGGGAUUCAUCUCCUUCCUGGGCGUGGUGCUAUUCUGUCUGGUGCUUCUCUUCCUGUGGAGCCGGGGGAAAGGCAACACAAAGCACAACAUCGAGAUCGAGUACGUGCCACGCAAGUCCGACGCCGGCAUCAGCUCUGCUGAUGCGCCGCGCAAGUUCAACAUGAAAAUGAUCUAACCUGAAGCAAUUUGCAAACAAUAAAGUUUUUUUUAAAAACAAGACAAAAGAAGAACGUUGCUACAAACAUACCGACCUCUCUCCUCCUCUGAACCACCCCUCCCCUCUCGUUCUAACCCCGCCUCCCUGCACCAUCACCUCUUCCACCUCUUUAUACCAGGAGAACAUUCUGCUGAUGUCUCCAGGACUCCCAUGUUUGUAAGGAAGUAGUCUGAUGGAUGCCGGUGUCAGAUCUAAUGAUGAGAGGGAAAAACAAACAAACAAAAAAGAAAAACAAAAAAUAAAAUAAAUCAAUAAAAAGUUACGAACUUUCCUCUGUAACUUUGAUUUAAAUAAUUAUGGAUUUUUAUGAAAAGUUGAAAUAAAAAAAAAAUCCCUAUUUCCUAUA